AUUUGAGGUUAGGGUAAACAUUUUCAUUUUUGUAUUUCUAUCGAAAUGGACCUUUUUAAACGUAAAAUAACCGUGAUAUUUCAGUAUAAAAAGAUAAACUACGUGUUGAAUAAGUAUUUUCGUACGAUUGAAAGUAUUCCAGGACCGAAAUCGCUGCCGGCGAUUGGAACUUUGUAUCAAUAUUUUCCACUUAUAGGCAAUUACAGAUUCGAUCAAUUACACCACAAUGGCCAUAAAAAGUUCAAAUCCUUCGGCCCGCUCGUCCGAGAGGAAAUCAUGCCGGGCGUUAACAUACUGUGGCUGUUCGAUCCCCAGGACAUCGAGGCCAUGUUCCGACACGAAGGAAAAUUCCCUCAGAGACGCAGCCACCUGGCCCUGGAGAAAUACCGGCUAGACAGGCCAAAUGUUUACAAUUCCGGAGGUUUGUUACCAACGAAUGGUCCGGAAUGGUUUCGCAUGAGAAGCGUCUUUCAAAGGGGCCUGAGCAGUCCCCAAGCGGUGAGAAGAUUUAUACAAGGCACCAACGAUAUCGUCCAAGAGUGGCUGGUUAUGCUGAACGAUAUAAGAAAUACUCCUAACAUAGAUUAUUUACCGGAACUUUCGAGAUUGUUUCUGGAACUAACGGGUCAAAAUACGUUGAAUGUAAGAUUCAACGGGUUUUCCAAAGAUGAAAGAAGGAAGUAUUCCCGAUCGUCCCGAUUGAUUGAAUCGGCUUUGGUGACGAAUUCUUGCAUAUUGAAAACGGACAAUGGACCGCAAUUGUGGAGGAAAUUCGAUACGCCUUUGUACAAGAAAUUGAAAAAGGCUCAGGAACACAUGGAACGCGUAGCUAUUGACUUAAUUUCACUGAAGAUGUCCUUAUUUGCAGAGAAAGACGGUGAUCGACCGUCAUUGUUAGAUUUUUAUCAGGCAUCGCCCGAAAUCGAUUUCAAGGAUAUCAUUGGAAUCGUCUGUGAUUUCCUUUUGGCGGGAAUCGACACUUCGACUUAUACAACGAGUUUUCUGCUCUACCACGUGGCGAACCAUCCCGAGGUUCAGGAGAAAAUCCAUCAGGAGGCUCAGAAAUUGCUUCCUUCGAGCGAUACCGAAGUUUCGGAAUCGUUGCUCAGGGAAGCCACUUAUGCCAGAGCAGUGUUGAAAGAAUCGCUCAGGUUGCGACCCAUAUCCGUAGGGGUGGGAAGAAUACUGCAGAAUGACGUGGAAUUUUCCGGAUAUACCAUACCAGCAGGGACGACAGUGGUCAGUCAAAACCAGAUAGCGUGCAGACUUGAGAAGUAUUUUCCGCGUCCCGAUGAAUUCGUACCGGAAAGAUGGUUAAGGGGCCACGUUUUCCACAAGCAGCCCCAUCCGUUUUUGCUGUUGCCUUUCGGACACGGGCCUAGAUCUUGCAUAGCAAGGCGAUUGGCCGAGCAAAAUAUGAUUAUUCUUUUAUUGAAACUUAUCAGAAAUUACAGAAUAAAAUGGAACGGAGGUAAAUUGGAUUCCAGAUCUCUCUUGAUUAACAGACCGGACGGGCCAAUUUUACUCGAAUUUAUGAAAAGGGACUCGUAGAUAAAUUAACAUAUAACAUAUCACUUAUACUGUUAUAAUUUUUUUUUGUUUUUAUUUCUACAAAAAAAUAUUUUAUAUACGAUACAAAUUUUAUACCUACUUCUAGAAUUAUUGGUUUCAAAUCAAAAUGUG